AUGAAGUUAUAUACUCUGCUUUUUGCGGCGGCCGCGUUGGCGGCUCCCCAGCGGGGACAUAAGAGGGCGUCGGUUUUUGAAUGGUUCGGAUCGAAUGAGUCGGGAGCUGAGUUUGGGACUAAUAUCCCGGGCGUCUAUGGCACCGACUAUAUCUUUCCUGACCCCUCGACUAUCGCUACUUUAAUUGACAAAGGGAUGAGCAUCUUCCGUGUCCAGUUCAUGAUGGAGCGAUUGGUGCCCGACUCCAUGACCGGGUCUUAUGAUGAGGAAUAUCUGACCAAUUUGACGACGGUGGUGAAUGCGGUCACGGAUGCAGGCGUCCAUGCUAUCAUCGACCCUCACAAUUAUGGCCGAUACAACGGCGAGAUCAUUUCCAGCACGUCGGAUUUCCAAACCUUCUGGGAGAACCUUGCCGGACAGUUCAAAGAUAACGACUUGGCCAUCUUCGAUACCAACAACGAGUACAACAGCAUGGAUCAAGACCUGGUGCUGGAGCUCAACCAAGCAGCCAUCAACGGCAUCCGCGCCGCCGGUGCCACCACCCAGUACAUCUUCGUCGAAGGCAAUUCCUGGACCGGUGCCUGGACCUGGGUUGACGUCAACGAUAACAUGAAGAACCUGACCGAUCCGGAAGACAAAAUCGUCUAUGAGAUGCACCAGUAUCUCGACUCCGACGGUUCCGGGACCUCGGAGACCUGCGUGUCCGGGACGAUCGGGGUGGAGCGGGUCACCGAUGCCACGCAGUGGCUCAAGGACAAUAACAAGGUCGGCAUUCUGGGCGAGUAUGCCGGGGGAGACAAUGAUGUGUGUCGGACGGCCGUGUCCGGGAUGCUGGAGUACAUGGCCAACAACACGGACGUGUGGAAGGGUGCAGUGUGGUGGGCGGCCGGACCCUGGUGGGGAGAUUACAUCUUCAGCAUGGAGCCCCCGGAUGGAACGGCGUACACGGGCAUGUUGGAUAUUUUGGAACCGUAUCUGUAG